CGCUUCUUGUGGCGCUGUUAUAGUGGGAAGAUAGAGCACAUAUAAAAAGUAAGUGAAUUAUAUAGUAGUUUGGAAAAUAGUAGGUGCUGGGAGGUGGCGGGGCAUAGAGCAGGCUCCAGGGGGGCAGGAGCUCCAGAGCUGGGGGCGAGUCUUUAAGAAAGUGGGGAGUCCCUUUCCCUGCUGAUAGCUCCCGCAGACAUGGUGAAUGUUCCUAAAACCCGCCGAACUUUCUGUAAGAAGUGUGGCAAGCAUCAACCCCACAAAGUAACACAGUACAAGAAGGGCAAGGCUUCUCUGUAUGCACAGGGAAAGCGGCGUUAUGACGGGAAGCAAAGUGGCUAUGGUGGGCAGACUAAGCCGAUUUUCCGAGAAAAGGCUAAAACUACAAAGAAGAUUGUGCUGAGGCUUGAAUGCGUUGAGCCUAACUGCAGAUCUAAGAGAAUACUGGCUAUUAAGAGAUGUAAGCAUUUUGAAUUGGGAGAAGAUAAGAGAAAGGGUCAAGUGAUUCAGUUCUAAGCUUCAUAUUUUGUUUGAUUAUAUGACAAAAUCAUGGUAUGUUCACUUCAAAAAAAAAAAAGUGGGGAGUUAUCCUUGAAGACAAUUGGGAAAGAGCGUCACAGGCAGAGACAGCAGCCAGGGCAAAGUAGGAAUGUGCUUGACAUAUUUGAAGAACGGCAGACCAGUGUGGCCAGAGCAGAUUCAGAUGGUGCUAAAGUCCGAGAGGUCACGGGGGUCCACCACCUCACACCUGUGACUGGGAAGCCAUUGGAGCUGUGAGAGACUCGAGUGGGUGGAGGGAGGUGGGAGAGCAAGGAAGGGUCCAGACAGGGAAGUCAGUUCCCAAAGCCAUGCAGUGGGGGCGUGGCCCACGGUGGCGGCCUUGGAAGUUGUGGAAAGACGUCAUUCUCAGUCUGUUCUGACAGUGGAGCAAACAGGAUUUCUUUUAAAAAGUCAAGGAAGACUCCAUGGUUUUCUAACCUAAGCUACUAAAAGGCCGAAGGAAGGAGCCAUCGCUCAGGAUAGGGACGGCUGUGUGGAGCAGUUUUGUCAUAGAGUCUAUGACAUAGACUGUUGGGGGCGCAGAUGGACAGGAGAUGGUUUUUAGGCAUCAAACUGGAGAUUUGAGUAGCAGCUGCACAUAUGAAGCUGGUGUUUGGUAAGAGGUCUGGGCUGGAUGGAGUUGAGACUAGAUGAGAUCAGACAGGGAAGGCAUAUUCUCUGAAAACAGCCCUCUGACCUUCAGCCAGGCCCUGAAUCCUCCUGGGCCUUAGCUUCCCUCACAAUCAAAUGGCAGUAAUCACCCAACCAGUCCAGGGACGGAGGCAAAACCUGACUGAGCCCAUUCUGAGAUUGGAGCAUCACGAAAUUAUUUGGGAUUAUUACAGACAGCAUAAUAACCCACUUCUAAUGGUUUCCAUUUAAAGCAAUGGAGCUUCAGUCUCAUCACAUAGACCUACUCAUGGGUUAUUUUGAGAAUUAGAUGAGUUAAUACUUGUCAGUAGGUUAGGAUAGUGCUGGGCCCAUAGUUAACACUCAAAUAGAAGUUUCGGUUACUAUUUAUUCACCUCUUUUAAAUAGGUUUCUUUGAGUUAAGUCCUAAGGUAUUAUCUUGCUCUCUCACUGUCUUUCCUCUGACCUCUUUGUCAGCCCAACCCCUCCUUUAGUUCUAGGUGGACACAAUCGGAAGCGCCUCUUCCUCCAUAAUAACUUCAGAGGCUGAAACAGGUACCAGGCAGGAGGCUGGAUUUGCACAUUCCCCCCCAUUAGCUAGAAGGACAUCGUCGUUAAAACUGUGGAUGGAGUCCCUCAGGAGAAUGAGGACCCUCCUCUCCUGAGCCCACACUGGCUCAGAGCUGAGACCCAAAGUCACACCCGACCUUUUCACCAUCCUCCUCCCUCCUCCCCACACUCCCUUCCUCCCAGUCUGCACCGGCGGAGGAGCCACUGCCCUUGCCGUCUGAGUCAUCUG